UUUCGUUCGCAAUCAUGGACAUGUCGGUGUUGUGGCUGUAUCUGCUCCUGGUGUCCGUCCUGAUGUUGUUCCUGGUGCCCACAGCCGAGUCAACAUUCCUUCUCUGGGCCUGCAUUUUACGGCUAAAUAUCUGUCCAUUCCGCACCACCACCCCAGCCACGGCUUCGUCUUAAUUGACUAUGAUGGAGACAUGAUGGAGACAG